GCAUUGCACGGAUCAGAUGAAAGAUAGCAGGCUUUUGCUAUGAGAUGGUAAGAGAGAGGGGUGGGGGCACAAUGUCGCUGUUUCGGGUUUAUUGAUCUCUCCCUCCCAUUUACACACCGGGUCAGUAGUUUGAUAAGAGAGCGCGCAGGAUCAUACAGAAGAGCGACACGCGCUUGUGCCAUGCGUACCGAGAUUUCCAACUGGACACCUAUCACCAAUCCCAUCCGUCUCUGUCUCUAACCUGAUGACGACUAAUAAUCAGAUUAGCCAGCAGGACAGCCGAGCAACACAUUGUAUUUGUGGAGAAAAGUAACUGUUCCUGGAUCUGCUGUGGAUUUAUCAAUGAUGGUGCGCCUGGGAUCAGGAGGUCUGAUCAUGAAUCGGUACGGAAGGUCCGUUUUGAUGCUUUUCAUCGUUUCAUCUCUUCAUAUAUCGAGCCCAUCGCAGUUUCCCAGUCCACUCAUGAUUAAAGACUGGGUUGAUCAACAUCAGCAAGAGCUGGUAUCUUUAGUGGGCACGGCCAGCGCUGGGAGCGAUCUAACACAGAUCUUUGAAAAUAAUAAAAAUUAUUUCACUGUGGAAUCCAAUAAUGCAGCACUGCUCGUGGAAUCGGCAGCAAGGAAUAUAGAGAACUUUUUAAAGAAGCGAGCCGCAGCUCUUGAGACUUUGGCAACUGCAGCAGAGAAUUUCCAAAUGGAACAUGAAUGGAAAGAUGAGUUUGAAGAGGACGAUAUAGUUUACUUUAAUGCCAAGGAUAAUCUUGACGCCAAUGAAACCGAAGGACGAAGAAACCGCAUCAGACCUGAAUUUAAAGAAGAUCCAUCUUUCAAGAACCGCCUCACUUCCUACAACCAUACAGCUGUGCACAUCCCCACGGAUAUCUACGACGGCUCUACCAUUGUGUUGAACGAGCUGAACUGGACCGAAGCUUUGGAGGACGUAUUUAAGAAGAACAGAGAAGAAGACCCGACUCUUUUGUGGCAAGUGUUCGGCAGUGCGACUGGAUUAGCUCGAUAUUAUCCAGCUUCCCCUUGGAUGGAUGCCAGGAAGACGCCCAGUAAAAUCGACCUGUAUGAUGUGCGACGACGACCUUGGUAUGUUCAAGGUGCAGCUUCUCCCAAGGACAUGCUUAUUCUUGUGGAUGCGAGUGGAAGUGUAUCCGGAUUGACUCUUAAACUGAUUCGAACCUCUGUCAGUGAAAUGCUGGAAACUCUUUCAGAUGAUGAUUACGUCAAUGUUGUCCAUUUCAACACAAAAGUAAAUAACACAGCUUGUUUUGACCACCUUGUUCAAGCUAACGUUCGCAAUAAGAAGAUUCUGAAAGAUGCUGUGCAGAACAUAACAGCCAAAGGCAUCACCAACUACACCAAAGGCUUCGAAUUUGCCUUCAACCAGCUUUCCAACCCGAACAUCUCCCGAGCAAACUGCAACAAGAUUAUAAUGCUGUUUACCGACGGAGGAGAGGAACGAGCAGAAGAGAUCUUCAGCAGAUACAACCUCGACCAAAUGGUGCGUGUGUUCACAUUCUCUGUAGGUCAGCACAACUAUGACACGGGGCCAAUAAAGUGGAUGGCUUGUGCUAAUAAAGGAUAUUUCUAUGAAAUUCCUUCCAUUGGAGCCAUCCGCAUUAACACGCAGGAAUAUCUUGAUGUGUUGGGCCGGCCCAUGGUUCUUGCAGAUGCUAAGCAGGUGCAGUGGACCAAUGUGUACCUGGAUGCCCUGGAGCUCGGGUUAGUCGUUACAGGCACGCUACCGGUGUUUAACAAGACCAAAUCCAAAGAGGGUGGAUCUCAAAGUCAGCAUCAAAACCAAUUGAUUUUAGGAGUGAUGGGGGUGGAUGUGUCUCUUGAUGAUAUCAAGAGAUUGACGCCCCGCUUCACUAUCGGCCCUAAUGGAUAUUAUUUUGCAAUCGAUCCCAAUGGCUACGUGCUGCUUCACCCAAACCUCCAACCAAAGAACCCCAAAUUCCAGGAACCCGUUACACUGGACUUUCUGGAUGCUGAACUGGAAAAUGAUAUUAAAGUCCAGAUACGGACAAAGAUGAUUGAUAGAGAUCCUGGCGAGAAAACCAUAAAAACACUUGUGAAAUCUCAAGAUGAGAGAUACAUCGAUCAAGGGAUUAGGACCUACACCUGGGCACCUGUUAAUGGAACAGACUACAGCCUGGCCUUGGUCUUGCCCGAGUACAGUCUGCAUUACAUUCAGGCAAACCUGGGGAACACUAUAAAGCAAGCCAUGUUCUCGGAGACCAUGCAGCAGGAGAAAUUUGAGGAAUAUGGGUACACCUUUAUUGCACCUAGGGAGUACUGCAAGGACCUUAAAGUCUCAACCAACAAUACUCAAUUCCUCAUGGACUUUAAUGAAUACAUAGAUAGAAAAACCCCCAGCGACCCAGCGUGUAACGUCACUCUCGUGAACCGCCUACUUUUGGACGCCGGUCUCACGGCCGAUCUUGUCAAAAAAUGGAAAGAUCAGAAUGUAGAAGGAGUUUCGGCCCGGUUUGUGUCUACAGAUGGAGGCAUUACUCGUGUCUAUCCAAAAAGUGCUGGGGAGGAAUGGAGUGAGAAUUCCGAACCCUAUGAUUCAAGUUUUUACAAAAGGAGUUUGGACAAUGACGUAUACAUCUUCACUGCCCCAUAUGUCAACAAGAGCAGAGAGUCUGGUUAUGAGUCCGGUAUCUUGGUCAGUAAAGCAGUGGAUUUGGAAAUUAAUGGAACGAAACUUAAACCUGCAGUGGUUGGAGUCAAGCUUAACGUGUCUGCCUGGAUGAACAGCUUCAUAAAUGCCACCACAAAGAAAAACUGUAAGGAUGAGAUCUGUGGCUGUCUGAGGAAUGAUAAGCAAGUGGACUGUGUGAUUCUGGAUGAUGGGGGAUUUUUGCUUAUGUCUAAUCAGGACGAAUAUAUCGCACAGAUCGGUCAGUUUUUUGGAGAAGUGGACCCUGUUCUGAUGAUCACGCUGGUAAACAAUUCACUGUUCUCCUUGAAUAAAACCUACGACUACCAGUCGGUCUGUGACCCAGAGAAAGAAACUAAAGCUGCUGCUGGACCCCGAUCUGUUUAUGUGCCCACUAUAGCAGAUAUGCUUUCUGUAGGCUGGUGGGCUUCCGCUGCAGUCUGGUCGAUUUUACAGCAGCUAUUGCUCAGUUUGACUCUUCCCAAUGUUAUUGGCACAGCGUACUCUGAGGAAGAUCUCACAGAUGCGUUCUCCAAAGAGAGCUGCAUUACGGAACAGACUCAGUAUUUCUUUGAGAAUGAAAACACGUCUUUCUAUGGAGCUAUGGACUGUGGAAACUGCUCCAGAAUGUACCGGGCUGAGAAGCUGCCUAAAACCAAUUUGGUGUUUUUGAUCUCAGACGCUAAGAGCUCCUGCCUGUCCUGCGAUCCCAAACCCCUGAGGCAAGCAGAGCAACCGUCCAAUGGUCCCGACCCAUGUGUGCUGGCCCAGAACCCUCGAUACAGAAAAGGACCAGACGUCUGCUUCGACAACAGCCAAGCUGAUGAGCCUCUGUGUCCUUUCAGUGGCUCCUCAGCUUUGGCCUCUAAUCCACCCAUCAUUUUGCUGCUGUUUCUUCUUUUUGUCUAAUGGAGGAUGCGUCUGACUGCGGUGGUGCCUGCGGUUUGAGUCCGUCCCUCUUGAUGAUGCUGGUCCUUCAGCUUCUCCUACUGUGGGUGCUCACAGGAACCAGAACCCAUUUCUCCUGACCGGAGCGAAUCUCCAGACGGGACGCGGCACAACUUCUGACUGAACUCACUAUUAAAUGUAGAUCAUAUGACUGCCACAACUUACGAUUGUCCAUGAACAGUAUGACUGGCAUGAUACUGCCUACUAUGACAACCAAAACCCAAGAGCAACACAUUCAGACACAAGUCAGAUAUAGUAUCAUUUUUACCUUGGGACGCAUCUUUAGAAAUCACAUUAUGAUCAUAGAAAUGUGUAAAGCAAACUGCCAGUAGCAGAAUGUAGGGUCAUGUCGGAGACGGUUCCCAGCACCAGCCUGGAUCUGAAUCAGGGUUAAGACUGUUCGGCUCAAAUGAGCUUAACAUAAGUGAGGUCAGUAAUGUCACAGCCGAGCCCUUUAGGCCUAUAGAGGUCCGUGUUUACUGUUUAACUUUCUUUGGUUUUACUCAGAUUAUUUUAUUUGACGCAUUGAAUACACUGAGAUGUGGGAUGUGUCAUGGGAUAAAUCAGAACAGAAAUGUCUCGAUAUAAUUACAGAGUUAUAUCUCAGCCUAAAAUCAAAAGAAAACAAUACUUUAAAAAUAAAAUCAAUUGUGCCAUUUUAAGAAAAACACAUUACAAUUUUUGUAUUGUAGAUGUUAUUUCUAUUACAUGUUUAAUACUUCAUUUAUUGGCAUUUAUAAAAAAAAUAUUUUUAUUACAAUUUUCAAAAGCAACAAAUUCCCCCCAAAUUCUCAUUAUUCUCAUGCAAUACAGUCGUUGAAAUCUUUCUAGGCACCCUCAUUUUUUAUAUAAGUUAAAAUACGUAAAAAAGGGAAAAAUUUGAACACAAAUAAAAACACAAGAUGAAAAUGCUUUAAAUUUAUUACAAAAAUAACCUGGUUUAAACUUUUAAAUUUACUUUACAUAUAUAUAUAAAAUGUAAUAAAAUAACAUUUAGCUCAAUUGUUGUAACAAUGUCACAAUGCGAAAAUAAAAUUGUAGUGGUUCCAAAAGUGAAAUUAUGAAAUAUGAUUUCCGUGCAUUUUUAAGCUAUCUCAUGGCAGUUCCAGCCCAGUCUCACGAAAUUUCGUUAUAUAGUAAUUUUUUUUUUUCGUGAUAUUAUCACGAAUUUCCGCAUUUUCCGUGAUUGUAUAACAAAAUUCUGUUUUUGUGUGAUUAUCACGUAUUGGUUACUCAACUGUUUUGUCCUGUUAUCUUACCAUUGUCGCUUCGGUUUAGGGUUAGAUUUACAUGAAAUGACAUCUCUACCCAAACCCAACUUUAACCCUAACGCCAGGCAACUUAUAAAAAAAUAAAUCAGAAAAAAGUAUAAACCAAUACAUAAAGUGACAUUCUAAUGCAAGCACCAAAUAUAACCCUAAACCGAAGCGACAAUGGUUUGAAAAUAGGAAUAAAGCAGUUGAGUAACCAAUACGUGAUAAUCAAACGAAAACAAGAAUUCGUUUUACGAUUACGAAAAAACGCAGAAAUUCGUUUUAAUAUCACGGAAAAAAAAAUCAAAAAUGUACGUGACUAUAUCACAAAACCUUGUGAGACUGGGUAGGGCAGUUCGUACGUAUUUUACGAGGUGGCUAAUUCGUAUUAAUUCAUACAUCCACAUUUAUACAUUUUUGUACGAUUUGCUUUUGCCCUUGUGUUGUUGGGGUUAGGGGUGGUGUUUCAUUGUUUUUUUUUUGUCACUUCGUACAAAUUCAUACAAAUUAGCCAACACUAAAAUACGUACUGUAUGAAUUCUCGUGAGAUCAGGCUGGAUUUACCCUGUUGUAUUUUUCAUCGGUACAAUUUUGUCAUUAUUAUUUUCACAUGGGUCUUUGGGGCUUGCGUUCUUUUGUUGCCAAUUAUAAACAUCUGCGACAUACCGUUGACGUACAGUCAUCGAGAAUAUUUCGAAUUGAUAUAGCCACAUGCGUGUGAUAAAAAACGUCAGUAAAAGUGCCAUGUUCGAGUGUAACAAUGUCGGUAUGAAAAGUUUUAGCUUUCGAUCAAACCGCACACGAGCAGUGAUGCGAAACGCAGAUGCUAGCAGACUCAAAUCGCUUUGUGUUGUGUCAGAAGUCGCACGCUCGCAUCCAAAGGUCCGGCGUGUUUUGAAUGUGCUGAGAACUUCCCCCCGUGUCCAACGGCCCACACUGUCAGACGAUUGCGUUUUACUGCAUGUCGUCCAGAUACUUCAUCUGACAGAUUUUGUUCCAGUACAGACAGACAUUAUAUCAUAAGCGUGUCAAAUAUUGCAUCCACAUGUUGGACUAUGCGAGGAAUAGAUAGACACAUGACAGGUUAUAAAAGUGUCCGGAAAGAUUUUAACCCUCUGGAGAAAUGUGCAUUUCAGAUGUCUGAAUGUAUGUUUUUGUAUUUAUUAUUAUUAUGAAAGAAGGUUCAUGCAUGUAAAGAAUGAGCGUAGAUGAUAUCGCCAUAUCAAAUAUAUGGCCAAUGUGAGGAUAUUUGUGUGUUCCCAUUGAGAAUCUUCUAGAGAAAGAACAAAUCCCAAUGGCAUUUCUUAGAGCUAUAAAAUAUUUACCAAAACCGAAGACCAAGUACCCUGAAAAAAAUAAAAUAAUUUUUAAUGACCUUAUUAUUAUUUAAAACAAAAAUGAGCAUACAGUCAGUGUUUGCAUGAGUUAUUUUGAAUGUAACUGCUUUUAAUUCAUGCAAAAAUAGUUUUUAUAGACUGCCAUUGAACCUUCGCACUUUUUAUUUAUUACUGUUUGAUGAGAAGGUUGUAAAGUAUAACAUUAACAGUGAUGAUAUUAAGGAAAACUGGGAAUUGCCAAAUGAGAAUCUAGUGAAGCUUGCAGAGAUGCAUCAAAUUUUUGUCUUUAGCUUGUGCAAAAUAUUGUGCACCCAUGUUAAGCCACGCAUUAAUUUAUCUUCCUGUCUUUACUGAUGUAGCAUCGAGUUACAGACCUAAAUAUGCAGUGCAUUUAUGAAUCAUUACAAACCUUUGGGACUCCUCAGAGGUUUCGGGGAUCUGGAUUUCUCAUCUCAGGCCCGGGUUGAGGCUGUAGGAUGUAAGAUUUUAAAUACCUCACUAAACGACAACGUGAGAGAUUUGAUCCAAGGAGGGCUGAGCGAAACCCUCUUUGCAAACUAUACCGUGUUUAAAAUGCCAGUGAUGUGUAUACAUAUACAAACUCUCCUGAACGGAAAUGGAUCCAAAGUCACGUUCAAAACGAACCGCCGCAAAACUUCAAACAGGUUAAUGAUAUGAUUAUGCUAAAUCUUGAAACUUGAAAUCUGGCAGUGCCUACACGGUUAGUCAAGAAGAGCGAAUUACCUGAAAGUAGCAUUCACUUGGGGAUUUUAUUGGCAUGCUGCAAAGCAAAGUGUUUUCAUAUGUUCUGUAGUGUGGAGUACAAGGAAUGAAAUCAUUUUUAACUUAAAUGUUUUUGAAAACCUUUUAUGCUAUUGUGCAUCUAUAAAUAAAAAAAACAGUCCAAAUUAAUUUAAAAAGUAAAAUGUAUAUCUUUGUUUUAUAAAAAAAAGUUUCACUUUACAUUUGAGGGGAUAUAAAAAAGAAAGUCCAUAAUCAAGAGUAUGUCUUACUAUUAUUAUUCACUUAUGUCAUUCCAAUCCUUUAUUUUCUUCAAUUAUUUCUAAAAGGGCGCGUGGUCACUUGGGAUGACAUGAAAGUGAAUAAAUAAUGACAGAACUUUCAUUCUAGGGAAAUGUUCAUUUUGGGUCACAUGGUGCUUUCACAUUUUGACCUCUUUUUCAAAGGUUACACGUGUACAUCAUAAAAGAGCCCCCCUUCAUGUAAAGAUGAACCAGUUGUAUGUAUUUAUUGUAUGUUUUCUGAAUGCUGCUCUCAGCUGCUGUGCUGUCUCAUAGGGCUGCCAUGUGUCCGUGCUACUGAACGUAUUUACCGAUGUUGAUGGUGCUCUGUGUGCCAGGAAGUUUCUUUCUUCUGAGGUUAUGUUUAUUCUGAGUGUGUAUCGCAGUCACUUUUUAAUUUGUGUGUUCAUUGGUUGGGUGAGGAAGGGGCGUGCCUCAGAAGCCCCACCCACUUGAUCUGGUUGCGCAUACAACUAUAUAUAUACAUAUAUAUAUAUUCUUUUGUGGAACUUGACAAGCCUGAAACAAUUUUGUAUACAUUUGUACAAUAAUGUUGUUCAAGAAAAUAAAAAAGUUUGUAAAGUUUACAAAUGUGCAAUUCUUGUGGAAAUACAAUAUAUUCACAAUAAAAGUUUAUCAUUAC